GACAUUGUUAUCGAUCCUCAGAUCACAACGUCAUGAUCUCAGUCCGUCAGAGGUGCUUUAAACUCGCUAAUGGGGACUGAGGAGGAAGAAUGUCCUUUCUGUCAGAUAGUAAACCACCAGACGGACACAGAAAUCCUGCUGAGCGAUGAUCAGCUGAUCUGCUUUCGGGACACCACACCUGGAGCCACACAUCAUUACCUUGUUAUUCCCAGGAGGCACAUCCCCAGCUGUAGAAACCUCCAGAAGGACCAUGUGGCUUUAGUGGAACAGAUGGAGGAAAUGGGGAGGAGUAUACUGGAGAAGAACAAAGUCCUAGAUGACAUCAGGAUGGGGUUCCAUCUGCCUCCGUUCACAUCUGUUCCCCACCUCCACCUCCACGUUCUGGCUCCGGCCAGUAAGAUGGUGUUAAAGUCGCAGCUCCGCUAUGGACCUCAGUCUCACUGGUUCAUCUCGGUGGACAAAGUGCUCUCCCAGCUGAGGAUUCGUGGGAAGGUCAAAUGAACACUUGUUGUCAUUCCACCUCACAGAGUGCAUUUUAAAUCAGUUCUCCAGCGGAUUCUACAUGUCUUUGUUCAUGUAUGAUGCUCUAUGCAACCUGCUCAUCAGUGGAAACUGGAUAUGUUGGACCUUUUAAAGAAGUGUACAUAAUUAGUUUAUAGCAUGCAUUUUUAAGGGGGAAAGACGGUUGUACUUUGCACAUUCAACUCUAAACCUCACAAAGAAGUCAUUUUUGUUUCUGUGUUUGUGUUGAUGAAGUAGAUCAAUCUAAACAACUGCAUGUACUUUCACUAUCUUUGUGUUUUAACUUGUGUGAUGCACCAGGAUACAGUAUUUAUUUAUUUUUUAUUAAUGUAGUCAUAUUAGUAAAGCUCUAAAUAAUGGGAUUAUCUUUGACAAAGUCUUUGGAGUCACUUGACACUUUCUCUCUCUGUCACAAAAUAAAGCCAGAAAAGCACUCAGAGAGCAGCACUCCUCCAAGGCUGCUCAUUCCCCCGUGUCAGAAAUGCAGCAUUUGUUUAUUUAUUAGAAUGUGGCCAUUUAUUAUAGAUGUACCCACAAAGUAAAUGACCUUGCGUUGA